UUUCGUCCCAUAAAAGAAGUUAGUAGACAGAAAACGUAGGUAAUAUCAAGCGGACCUAAUAUAAAAGGCAGCAGUAAUCAUGCCGGGCGCAAGGCACAAGAUCCUUGGCCAUGUGCUAUCCGGCUUCUGUCAUAAAAUGAAUCGAUGCAAGCCACUACACGGGGAUUCCAUGGAUACUCCCCUAAAUAGAUGUUUAACCACUUUUGAUAUAACAUUACUCGGCGUGGGUCACAUGGUGGGUGCAGGGAUAUAUGUACUUACCGGAACUGUUGCAAAAUCAAUGGCUGGUCCUUCGACCGCACUAAGUUUCCUUCUGGCGGGGAUAACUUCGACUCUCGCUGCCCUUUGUUAUGCUGAAUUCGGGACUCGAAUACCACGAGCGGGUAGCGCGUACGCUUAUACCUAUGUCAGUAUUGGUGAAUUUUGGGCCUUUAUUAUCGGAUGGAAUAUUGUUUUGGAAUAUAUGAUUGGUGCUGCUUCAGUGGCGAGAGCUUGGUCAGGAUAUUUGGAUUCUAUAUUACAUGGGGCUAUCAGUAAUGCCACAGUAGCGUUAACUGGUGAACUUCAUGAAACACUUUUAAGCAGAUAUCCUGAUAUUCUAGCGUUUCUCAUAUGUCUAGCAGCAUCCUUGAUACUCGCUGCGGGUGUUAAAACAUCAGCCUAUAUCAAUAACGGCCUGACUAUUUUAAAUCUUUUGGUCAUCUCUUUAGUAAUCUUUUUGGGUUUUUAUUAUGCUGAUAUCAGCAACUGGUCAGAGAAAAAUGGUGGUUUUAUGCCGUUUGGUUUUAGUGGUGUGUUAGCAGGAGCUGCUACUUGUUUUUACGCUUUUGUAGGGUUUGAUAGUAUAUCUGCUUCCAGUGAAGAAGCCAAAGAUCCUUCUCGCUCUAUUCCUGUUGCAACAGUAUUAUCAAUGGCUGUAGUGGCUUUUGGUUAUAUUUUGGUCGCGAUGGCAUUAACUUUAAUGGUUCCAUAUAAUACAAUUAAUCCAGAUGCUGCGCUUCCAGCUGCUCUUGGUGCAGUCCACGCAGACUGGGCAAAAUAUGCAGUUGCUGUGGGUGCAGUAUGUGGAAUGACAACAACAUUACUUGGAUCCAUGUUUUCACUACCACGAUGUCUAUAUGCUAUGUCUGCCGACGGUUUGCUUUUUGGAUUCUUCAGCGACAUUAGUAACAAGGCCCAAAUUCCUGUUGCUAAUUUAGCUAUUUCUGGUUUAUCGUCUGCUUUCAUAGCUCUUCUUUUUGAUUUGGAAAAACUUGUAGAAUUUAUGUCUAUAGGCACAUUGUUAGCCUACACGAUUGUUAGUGCCGCCGUAAUAAUAUUGAGAUAUCGUCCAACUCCAACAACAGAAGAUAAAGGUUUUGUUGUCCCACAAUUAGAUUCACCUUGUGAUCGAGAGGAUAGUUCAGCAACUGGAACGCCAGCAACGGAUGGCGGAUCUUCUUCUUCUGAGAUGUUUGAAACAUUAACGGUCGGUCGUCUACGGCCUCAAUUCGCAUGGCUAGAACCUCUUGUUGGUGGCAGAGCCCCUGGUGCUGCUGUGACAUGUUCUGUGUAUACAUUUACGAUUGCUACUGCGGCUCUGUGUGCUCACAACCAUUUUCUCGUCGAACCUGCUGGAUUAUGGGUGUUAUUGCCGGACUUCGUUCUGAUUUUCAUCAUCAUCUCGUGUUUGGUGAUAAUCUGGGCUCAUCAACAAAGUCCGACUCGUUUACCGUUCCGUGUACCUUGGGUACCACUGUUACCUGCUGCAAGUGUGAUGCUCAACGUAGAACUUAUGAUUAAUCUGAAUGCUCUAACUUGGGCACGCUUUGCUAUGUGGAUGACUUUCGGUCUUCUUGUAUAUUUCCUAUACGGUAUCCAUCACAGCAAGCUGGGAGAGGGUGUCGCCGGUUUGCUAUCCAGCGGUGGAAAUAACAGCGAUUGGGGAGCAGUAGAAAAGACGAGUUCACGACGUAUUGGCCGCUUUGGUCGGAGCAGUAAAGGAGAUGACCGCAAACCCAUCAUUUGUGAAGACGAACUCUCUAGAAGAGAACCUUGAUUCCGAUCGUGAUAUCUGUUUAAAGACCCAAAAUAUUUAGGAUUUUUUUUUAAAUUUACGCGAUCGUUUCCCGUUGAAUAUAUCUGUAUUCUUACCGGAUUAUAUUUAACGCGCAGGUAACCAUUAUUUCUCUUGGUACCUACGUAUUAACGCCACCGCGGCAAAGAUUUAAUGGUUAGCAAUAGUAAAAUUGUUCGUGUUUUGGUAAUAAAAUUGCAUAAAUAAACGAAAAAUAUGGAAAAGCGAAUCAGAGCACCCCACUUUCCACCUGGUCUUGUCUGCCCUACCCCUAUAGUGUAUAUAAAAAACCGGAGGCGCGGAGGGAGAGCAGUCCUCGCCCGCUGUGACAGAGCA